AUGUCUCCAGUGCCAGAACCCAUCCUUCAAGCCCUCUCACUCCCACCCGAAUCAAAAGUUGACCUCUCCACAUCCGGUCUAGGCUCAGGCUUCACAAGCACAGGCACCAUCCACGCCCAGAUCCCCGGCAAAAAUGGAACAGAAGAGCGACGCUACUUUGUAAAAAGAUCCUCAAAUGGAAAAGCUGCAGAAGAAAUGUUUCGAGGUGAAUCCGAGUCCCUCAACGCAAUCGCAGCCUCAGUGCCAGGGUUCUGUCCGCAAGCCUUAGCUAGAGGACCACUCGACGAGCCCGGGACAAAUACCAAAACACACUUCCUCGCUACAGAGUUCCUUGAUCUCAGUAGCAAGAUGAGCCGCAGUACGGGCGACAAAACCACGCUCGCGCACCGCCUCGGAAAACUGCAUACCACACCCGCACCCCCAGAUCCGGACACCGGCCGGCAUAGAUUCGGAUUCUCCGUGCCGACAUUCUGUGGCGAUACAAAGCAGCCAAACCGAUUCUGUGGUAGCUGGGCUGAGUUCUAUGCGAAUGAACGGCUGCUUACGAUCCUGGCUACAUCUGAAGAGCGCAAUGGACCCGACGCUGGGCUGCGCGAGGCGGUUGAGAAGACGGCACACAAGGUUGUGCCUCGAUUGCUCGGGGAUGGUCAUUUAGGGUAUACUUCUGGUGGUGAGGGCAAAGGGAUUGUACCUGUUGUUAUUCAUGGGGAUUUGUGGAGUGGAAAUGCUGCUUGGGGUCGGAUUGUUGGCUCGGGUCGCGAUGAGAAGCCUGGAGAUGUGGUGUAUGAUCCGGCGGCUUGUUAUGGACACAGUGAGUUUGAGCUUGGGAUUAUGCAUAUGUUUGGUGGGUUUGGGCCUCGGUUCUUUGAGCAGUAUCAUCGUAUUGUGCCAAAGACUGAGCCUGUGGCGGAGUAUCCUGAUCGGCUGGAAUUAUAUGAAUUAUAUCACCAUUUGAAUCAUCAUGCUAUUUUUGGUGGAGGAUAUCGAUCUGGUGCUAUGUCGAUUAUGCAGAAGUUGAUCAGGAAGUAUGGAAGGGACUAG